CCGCGGUCCCACUGUUAAAAACUACGCAGAAAUAAAAAACAACUUAAAACAAUAAAAAAAGGUUAAAAACUGUGCAACGAGACAGGCAUAAAGAUGCUUGUGUGCAUCAAGAUGCAUAUUAUUAAGUGAGGGAAAGGAUGGAAAAAGUGUUCUGGUUAUGCGAACAAAACUCUAUCAACAAAUCCAGAAAAAUACACAUUCACGUACAAUGAAUAACUCGAACGGGUCAGAGCCACGACGACAGGGACCACCAGCAGCAGCUGUGUCGCCCCGCGUGACCCAGUCGUUGUCGGAGUAUGAUGCCGAGAUUGAGGAGCAAUUACGACGACGCGCACUUGCCCAGCAGCCACCGCCGCCUAUGGGACCGAGCGUGAUACCCAAUGGCGCCUUUCCUGGUUCCCUUACACCUGGCUGGAACGACCCACCGCCACUGAACCCCGACUCGGUUCUGGGCAAUGCCAACAGUCGACGGCCACGCAUUGAUCCACGUCGUCGCGCGCCCUACCCCAUCGAAAGCAAUUCAUUGCUAUUUUACCCCAACCCGGAGUCAGGCGGUUCUGAGCCCUCAUCGCGCCCAACAGCCAUGGUAAUGCCGCGACAGCUGCCACUACCACCUGACGCACUCAAUGGCGCUGCAACCCACGAGCCCGAUGAGGGCACAGUGACAACCCGUGGACGGCCCGCAUCAGGCAAUGCUGCGUCCAGAGUGCCCACUGCCGUGGUGCCACCGCGCAUGAAGAAACCCAAUCAUGCCAAUUUGCCCCACUUUUAGAUCGUAAUCACUUGAUGUAUCAUAGAAAUUCAAAAUUCGUGUGCAAGCAUUCGCAAACUGCGUUGGAAUGCAUUUAGGGAUUACACAUGCGUCCUUGAACUCCCGUUUUUCGCCCCGACAAACUCCCCAGGACCUACGUCAGGAUGACACAUCAAUACUUCCUUCUGUAAUCCAGUAGAAUGCACUUAAAAAUAUACUACUCUAAUCGUACA